AUGGUUAUGAAACCUGAAGUUGAGCAGGAAUUGGCUCACGUUCUGUUGACAGAACUGUUGGCGUACCAGUUUGCAUCUCCCGUUAGAUGGAUUGAGACACAAGAUGUGUUUUUGAAGGACUUCAACACCGAAAGAGUUGUCGAAAUCGGUCCUUCGCCAACUCUAGCCGGUAUGGCCCAGAGAACCAUUAAGAACAAGUACGAGUCUUACGACGCAGCCUUGUCUUUGCAGAGAGACGUGUUGUGCUACUCCAAGGACGCCAGAGAGAUCUAUUACACUCCAGACCCAGCGGACUUGGCUGCCAAGGAAGAGACCACUGAGUCUGCAGGCGCUGCUCCCGCCUCUUCUGCUGCUCCUGCCGCCGCCGCUGCUGCUCCUGCUGCUGCCGCCGCUGCCCCAGUUGCCGCGCCAGCUGGUCCAGUGGCUGAGAUUCCCGACGAGGCCGUGAAAGCUGGUCUUCUAUUGCACGUUCUCGUCGCUCACAAGCUUAAGAAAAGCUUGGACCAGAUUCCACUCGCCAAGACUAUCAAAGACUUGGUUGGCGGUAAGUCUACAGUCCAAAACGAAAUUUUGGGUGAUCUCGGCAAAGAAUUUGGCUCCACCCCUGAAAAGCCAGAAGAAACUCCAUUGGAGGAAUUGGCUGAGUCAUUCCAAGACACUUUCAGCGGCCAAUUGGGUAAGCAAUCCACUUCUUUGAUUGCUAGACUGAUGUCUUCUAAAAUGCCUGGUGGUUUCACCAUCACCACUGCCAGAAAGUACUUGCAAACCCGCUGGGGGUUGGCUGCUGGCAGACAAGAUUCCGUCUUGUUGAUCGCUUUGUCGCAAGAACCCGCUGCCCGUUUGGGAUCUGAGGGUGAUGCCAAACAAUUCUUGGACGUUUCUGCCCAGAAAUACGCUUCCAUGAGCGGAAUCGACCUUUCUGCCGCCACCUCAUCUGCUGCAGGUGGCGCUUCCGGUGGAGCCGGCGGUGCCACUAUCGAUGCUGCCGCUUUCGAAGAAUUGACCAAGGACCAGAAGGUUUUGGCCCGUCAGCAAUUGGAAGUCCUGGCUCGCUACUUGAAAAUGGACUUGAACAGUGGAGAGAAGAAGUACUUGCAAGAGAAGAAUACUACCGAGCAAUUGCAAGCUCAACUAGAUUUCCUAACCAACGAAUUGGGCGAUUACUUCGUUCAAGGUAUUUCAACCUCUUUCUCCAGAAAGAAAGCUAGAGUUUUCGAUUCCUCUUGGAACUGGGCUAAGCAAUCGCUACUCUCGUUGUACUUCGAAAUCAUUCACGGUGUUUUGAAGAAUGUUGAUCGCGAGCUAGUUGCCCAGGCCAUCAACAUCAUGAAUAGAUCCAACGAAACCUUGAUCAAGUUCAUGGAAUACCACAUUUCGCAAACAAAGGUUGACGAGGGUGACAACUACAAGCUUGCCAAAAGUCUAGGUGAACAGCUGAUCGAGAACUGCAAGCAAGUUCUUGACUUGGACCCUGUUUACAAGGACGUCACAAAGCCAACUGCUCCUCAAACUAUUGUUGACAAAAAUGGUAACAUCAACUACGACGAGGUUCCAAGACCUGCUGUUAGAAAGCUAUCGCAGUACGUCGAAGAAAUGGCUCUUGGUGGUGCUUUGACUAAGGUCAAGCAGCCAACUCUACAAGAAGACUUGACCCGCGUUUACCAAAGCAUCAAUGCGCAGGCUGCUGAGCACAACAUUUCAGACUCGACCAAAAUUCAGUUUGAAAAACUGUACGGUGAGCUCUUGAAGUUCUUGGAAACUUCGAACGAAAUCGAUGCAUCUGCCUCCACCAGAUUGGCUGGUGUGGUUGAUGAUGCGUUGGACAAAGAUGCCACCAAAGAAGUUGCCUCUUUGCCUAACAAGUCGCAACUUGCCAAACAAGUUGCUUCCACAAUUCCAAGGGAGACCGUGCCAUUCUUGCACUUGAAGAAGAAGCUGGCUAGCGGUGACUGGGUUUACGACCGUCAACUAUCUUCUCUAUUCUUGAAUGGCUUGGAAAGUGCUGCCAUCAACGGGGUUACGUUUAAGGACAAGUAUGUUUUGAUCACUGGUGCUGGUGAAGGCUCUAUCGGAGCCGAGGUGCUACAAGGGUUGAUCCAAGGUGGUGCUAAGGUCAUUGUCACUACUUCUCGUUUCUCCAAGAAGGUCACUGACUACUACCAAAGCGUCUACGCUAAGUUCGGUGCCAAGGGCUCCACUUUGGUGGUCGUUCCUUUCAACCAAGGUUCGAAGCAAGACGUUGAAGAGUUGGUUGGAUACAUCUACGAUGACGAGAAGAACGGCGGUCUAGGAUGGGAUCUAGACGCCAUCAUUCCAUUUGCUGCUAUUCCAGAAAAUGGUAUUGAGCUUGACAACAUUGACUCCAAGUCCGAAUUUGCCCACAGAAUCAUGCUAACCAACAUCUUGAGAAUGUUGGGUAACGUUAAGAAGCAAAAGUCUGUCCAAGGCAUUGAGACAAGACCUGCUCAAGUUAUUCUACCAAUGUCUCCAAAUCACGGUACAUUUGGUGGUGACGGUAUGUACGCGGAAUCGAAGCUAUCCCUGGAGACUUUGUUCAACAGGUGGCACUCCGAGUCUUGGUCUAGCCAGUUGACCAUCUGUGGUGCUAUUAUUGGUUGGACCAGAGGUACCGGGUUGAUGUCUGCCAACAACAUCAUUGCAGAAGGCAUUGAAAAGUUGGGUGUUCGCACCUUUUCUCAAAAGGAAAUGGCCUUCAACUUGCUGGGUCUUUUGACUCCAGAGGUUGUUCAACUAUGUCAGACUUCCCCUGUUAUGGCAGACUUGAACGGUGGUUUCCAAUUCUUGCCUGACUUGAAGGAAUUCACCGCCAAGUUGCGUAAAGAGUUGACCGAAACCUCGGAGGUUAGAAAGGCUGUCUCCAUCGAGACCGCUAUCGAACACAAGAUCGUCAAUGGUAACAACGCCGACGCAGCUUAUGCUAAGGCCGAAGUUCAACCAAGAGCGAACAUCAAACUAGAUUUCCCAACUUUGAAACCAUACGAACAGAUCAAAAAGCUCGCUCCUCAAGAGCUACAAGGAAUGCUGGACUUGGAAAAAGUUAUCGUGGUUACUGGUUUCUCCGAAGUCGGCCCAUGGGGUUCUGCUAGAACAAGAUGGGAAAUGGAAGCCUUCGGUGAAUUCUCUUUGGAAGGUUGCGUCGAAAUGGCCUGGAUCAUGGGUCUCAUCAAAUACCAUAAUGGUAACUUGAAGGGUCGUCCUUACACUGGAUGGGUGGAUGCCAAGACCAACGAGCCUGUCGACGAUAAGGACAUCAAGUCCAAGUACGAAAGUCACAUCCUAGACCAUGCUGGUAUUAGAUUAAUUGAGCCAGAGCUCUUCAAUGGCUACGACCCUAAGAAGAAGCAAAUGAUUCAAGAAGUUGUCCUCAGUGAGGAUCUUGAACCUUUUGAGGCCUCUAAAGAGUCUGCUCUCCAGUUCAAGCACGAACAUGGCGACAAGGCCGACAUUUUCGAGAUCCCAGAGUCUGGUGAAUACACCGUUAAGUUGUUGAAGGGUGCCACUCUCUACAUUCCUAAGGCUCUCAGAUUUGACCGUCUAGUCGCCGGCCAAGUUCCUACUGGCUGGAACGCCAAAACUUAUGGUAUCUCCGAUGAUACCAUUUCGCAAGUUGACCCUAUUACCCUAUAUGUUCUCGUUUCGGUGGUCGAAUGUUUCAUCUCUUCCGGUAUCACGGACCCUUACGAGAUGUACCAGUAUGUCCACGUUUCCGAAGUUGGUAACUGUUCUGGUUCCGGUAUGGGUGGUGUGUCUGCUUUGCGUGGUAUGUUCAAGGACCGUUACAAGGAUCAACCAGUUCAAAACGACAUCUUGCAAGAAUCUUUCAUCAACACUAUGUCUGCCUGGGUUAACAUGUUGUUGAUCUCCUCCUCUGGUCCUAUCAAAACCCCAGUCGGAGCUUGUGCCACUGCUGUGGAGUCUUUGGACGUUGGUGUUGAGACCAUUCUAUCUGGUAAAGCCAAGAUCUGUAUUGUCGGUGGUUACGAUGACUUCCAGGAAGAAGGCUCCUACGAGUUCGGUAACAUGGGUGCUACUUCCAACUCUUUGGAAGAGUUUGACCACGGCCGUACUCCAGCUGAGAUGUCGAGACCUGCCACUACUUCUCGUAACGGUUUCAUGGAAUCUCAAGGUUCCGGUAUCCAAGUUAUCAUGGGUGCUGGCCUAGCCAUGAAGAUGGGUUUGCCUAUCUACGGUAUCUUGGCUCUUACUGCCACUGCUACUGAUAAGAUUGGUAGAUCUGUUCCUGCUCCAGGUAAGGGUAUUCUAACCACUGCUAGAGAACAUCAAAGCGACUUGAAGUUCCCAUCGCCUUUGUUGAACAUCAAGUACAGAAGACGUCAACUUGACAACCGUAUUUCCCAGAUUAAGGGAUGGGUUGAGAGCGAGCUAGACAUGUUGAAGUACGAGGCUGAGGAAGUGCCACAAGAGGACCAGUCUGCCUUCUACGCCGAGCGUACCGAAGAAUUGCAACGCGAGGCUGAAAGACAGCUCAAGGCCGCGCAAUCUCAAUGGGGUAACGAGUUCUUCAAGAACGACCCACGUAUUGCACCAUUGAGAGGAGCAUUGGCUACUUUCGGUCUAACAAUUGAUGACUUGGGUGUCGCUUCUUUCCACGGUACUUCCACCAAGGCCAAUGACAAGAACGAAUCGGCCACCAUUAACAAGAUGAUGCAACACUUGGGCAGAUCUGAAGGUAACCCUGUUUUUGGUGUUUUCCAAAAGUACUUGACCGGUCAUCCAAAGGGUGCAGCUGGUGCCUGGAUGAUGAACGGUGCCCUACAGAUCUUGAACUCUGGUAUUGUUCCUGGUAACCGCAAUGCGGACAAUGUCGACAAGAUCUUAGAGCAAUUCGAGUACAUCUUGUACCCAUCCAGAAGCAUCAAGACUGAUGGUAUCAAGGCUGUCUCGGUAACCUCUUUUGGUUUCGGCCAGAAGGGUGCUCAAGCCAUUGCUGUGCACCCUGACUACUUGUAUGCUGCUGUUGACGAGUCAACUUACCUUGCUUACGCUGCCAAGGUUUCUGCCAGAGAGCAAGCUGCUCACCAGUACUUCCACAACGGUAUGAUCAACAACUCGUUGUUCGUGGCCAAGGAGAACCCUCCAUACGUGGAUGAACUUGAGCAACCAGUCUACUUGGACCCAUUAGCCCGUGUUAGCGCCGACAAGAAGACUGGUCUGUUGACUUACAACCAGAAAAGCUUGAGUGGCCCUUCGACUUACGUCUCCGAUGCAAACUUGAAAACCUCUGAAGUUGUGAGUCAACUGGCCAAAGCUGCUUCUGCCGAGGGCAACGUGGGCGUUGGUGUCGACGUGGAGUUGAUCAAGUCUGUGAAUGUGGAAAACGACACUUUUAUCGAGCGUAACUUCACCGCUGAUGAGAUCGCCUACUGCAAGAAACAGCCAUGCGUGCAGAGCUCUUUCGCCGGCACGUGGUCUGCCAAAGAGGCCGUCUUCAAAUCUCUAGGUGUGAAGUCCCAAGGUGGUGGCGCUGCGUUGAAGGACAUUGAAAUUGUUCGUGCCAACGGCAGUGGUCCACAGGUGUCGCUCCACGGUGAUGCUUCUUCUGCCGCUACUGCCGCUGGCGUCAAGACUGUAUCUGUGUCGAUUUCUCACGACGACUUCCAAGCUGUUGCCGUUGCUUACUCGCAGAAAUGA